CCCCCAAAAGACAGGAGGGGUAUAUAUAGGCUUCCCCAAACUCUGCUGCCGUGCUGUCCCUUCAUAAAAGGCUGAAGUGAAUCUUUUUUUAUUUCUUAUUUUGCACUGCCCUCCUUUUCUCCUCUCUCCCUCUCUUACCUACUCACAACACUCACAAACGCUCUCGGUCAGACUCACACACCCACACUCACACGGCUGCAAGUUUUCUUCAAACUGCUCUGAGGAUUUUUUUGUUGUUUUUCUUUGAACCACAUUUCACUCAAGAGCAGCAGCAAACCGGGAAUUCAGUCCUCUUCCAUCCCUCUCCUCCUCUGACUUUUCCCCCAUACUUUUUCCUUCCGUCCAUCCAUCCAUCCAUAGACUUCGCUUUCACACAUCCAAGGGUCCUCUCCAGGUCUGCAAACUUCUUCGACUGACUUCUUCUUUGACUGACUUUUCCGCGCAUCCUCACAUCUUUGAGGGGGAGCAAGGUGGGGAAAAUAUCCAGGCACUGGAACUCAGAAGCUCAGAAACCCGGCAGCAGAGGAAAAUCAGCAGAGAGCUGUUCCAGGCACACAAGGCUCUACCAACCAACAAACCCACCACACCACACACACACCUACACAUCUACACGUCUGUCACCAUCAUGCUGUGCCCGAGAUCGUCUUCGUCGGUCGUGGCCACAAUGGCUUUCCUACUGGUGGCCCUCCAUGCGGUGACUGCCGUUCCCGGUGCCGUGCAGUGCCCUACCCCGUGCCACUGCCACGGGGACCUCCAGCACGUCAUCUGCGACAACGUGGGCCUGAAGAAGAUUCCCCAGGUGACGGAGAACACGCGACUGCUCAACAUGCAGCGCAACCAGCUGGGCGCGCUGCCGCCCUCUGGCUUCGUGGAGAUGAAGGGCCUGAUCUCCCUGCACCUCCAGCACUGCAAGCUCCAGGAGAUCGCCGGCCAGGCCUUCAAGGGCCUCAAGAAGCUCAUCUAUCUGUACCUCAACGACAACGAGAUCACCACCCUGCGUCCUGGCGCCUUUGACGACCUCGGCGAGCUCACCUACCUCUACCUGGACGGAAACCGGAUCAGCGGACUGGCCAAGGGCAUCUUCGCGCCCAUGAUCAACCUCUUUAUCCUGCAGCUCAACAACAACCAGAUCCGUGAGCUUCCGGCAGGGGUUUUCAUGGGCGCCAAGGACCUGCGCUGGCUGCACCUCGCCGGGAACCAGAUCGACACCAUCCAGCCGGGCUCUCUGGACGACGUGGAGAACCUGGCCAUCCUGCACCUGGACCGCAACCAGCUGGCCACCUACCCGCUGGCGCCCAUGAGCAAGCUGAGGGUGGUGGAGGAGCUGACGCUCUCCAAGAAUCCGCUAACGUUCAUCCCCGACAACGCGUUCAGGAGCUUCGGGCGCUACAUGGAGCAGCUGCACCUGGACAACAUGGGGCUGCAGAAGUUUGCUGACGGUGCGUUUGGUGGAGUGACGGCGCUCAGGUCUUUGUACCUGGACAACAACAAGCUCAAGUCCCUGCCCAGCAGCCUGGAGUUCACCACCCUCACCAACCUCACCCUGUCCAACAACCCCUGGGCCUGCACCUGCCAGCUGACCAACCUCCGCAAAUGGAUGGACAUGAGUCGGCAGCGGCCCGACGCCCUGUGCUCCUCCCCCUCCACCCAGAGAGGAAAGCAGAUCCGGGACAGUAACGUCUUCAGCCGCUGCAAAGGCAAGACAAAGACAAAGAGGGCCAAGAAGGGCGCCCGCCACUAAACAGGAUUCUUUUGCCUGGACAGAAGAAGAGACACGAGGAGGGAAGAGGACGCGUCUGUCCAGGUGACAGGCUACCCAAGGAGAUGGGGAGAGAGAGAGGGGGUGGGGAGGGAGAGAGAGAGAGAGAGAGAGAGAGAGAGAGAGAGAGAGAGAGCGAGAGAGAGAGAGAGAGAGAGAGAGAGAGAGAGAGAGAGAGAGAGAGAGAGAGAAGAAUGGAAGCAACGCUACAUCCUUCAUUUAGAGAACCCAUUUCUUUCACUUAUCCAUUCCUACAAAUACGCCAUUUCUCCUUGAUGUAAUCAGAGAUACUGUUGCUUUAGAAACAAUCUCUGAUGUAAUGCAUGUAUAAAAGAGUAAACCUAUUGUGUCAGCGAAUUAAGAAACUCGGGGUUAAAUAUACUGGGUAGGCAGAUGAAUAUACUGUAUAUAUUUUUAUUACUAGAGAGACAGAAUAGACACAAUAUGUGCACACGCAUACACAUGAAUGCACACGCAUACACACACACACACUCUCACACACACACGCACGCACGAAUGCACACAGACACACACACACAUUCGCGCACAAACACACACACACAUACACUUCAUGACCAAACACAUUUCAGUUCUGCUUGACUAUCGUGUUCUUCUCCUGAAACAGAUGAAAUGUUUAUCUGUUUAUAUGUCUGUUUAGGUUCUCUUUUCAUUACGUUUCAUUUGCUCCAUCACACACAAGUCAUGCACUUUUCUAACCUAAACUCUGGGACAUAAAAUAUCCCACUAACAAAACAAAGUUUGAUUCUCAGCAUCACAGCAUUGUGCUGUGGCAUCUGAAAGGCCACAAUAACAUCAUCCUCUCACAGCUCACAACACCCAGUCAAACACACGGUUUGUCUGUCCUCCAAGUACCAUGAGAAAUUCCAUCAUACCAAUAAGGAAUGAAUUUAUUACAUGUCACAGUUCCAGCUGGGACUAUUUUAAACCUUCGCCCACCUUCUUAGCAGUCACACAUACAAUAUGUUGGAUUUGACCUUUUGACCUUCAAAUGUGACAGGAAAAAAGGAGCGCAGGAGGCUGGAUACUUCUGACUGCAAUGAAUCACAUGAAACAGAAUGUAUUGCAUACAAGAUGGCUGAAAUAUUGACUACAAAUAAAGAUUGAUGUAUCUAGUAGCAGCAUAAUGGGAGGAAGGCAUGCCACAAUGUCCUUUCCGUUUAGACAAAUUGUGAAUUCUAUGAUCUGAGAGUGGCAGGAAAGCCAAAAAGGGAUAACUGAUCAGUAGAAUAGCUAAACCAUUACUAUCGCCACAGCAACCAAUUAAUCAUUGAACUACAUCCUAGCUUAGACCUCGUCCACAUUAACACAGAUACAUAUGGAAACGCAUAAUAAUAUAUACGUUUACGCGUCCCGUCCACACUAACACAGCAAAUUCGAACACUGAAAGCAAAGUCUGAAAACGCCGGCUUCCUUAACAGCAGAACAUUCUAAAAACAAUAGU